UACUUUUGCCUUCAUUUUCCGGUGCUGCUCUGAACUAUGCCUAAAGUAGUUUCCCGGUCCGUAGUCUGCUCCGAUACCCGGGAUCGCGAGGAGUAUGACGACGGCGAGAAGCCCCUUCACGUCUACUACUGUUUAUGCGGCCAGAUGGUCCUGGUGCUGGACUGUCAGUUGGAGAAAUUGCCCAUGAGGCCCCGGGAUCGGUCCCGUGUGAUUGAUGCUGCCAAACACGCCCACAAGUUUUGUAACACAGAAGACGAGGAGACUAUGUAUCUUCGGAGGCCUGAAGGCAUUGAACGACAGUACAGGAAGAAAUGUGCAAAGUGCGGGCUGCCACUCUUCUACCAGUCCCAACCGAAGAAUGCUCCUGUGACCUUCAUUGUGGAUGGAGCAGUAGUCAAGUUUGGCCAGGGUUUUGGGAAGACGAACAUAUAUACUCAGAAACAAGAGCCUCCUAAGAAAGUGAUGAUGACGAAACGGACUAAAGACAUGGGCAAGUUCAGCUCUGUCACUGUGUCUACUAUUGAUGAAGAGGAAGAGGAGAUUGAGGCUAGAGAAGUUGCUGACUCGUAUGCGCAGAAUGCCAAGGUGAUUGAGAAGCAGCUGGAGCGCAAAGGCAUGAGUAAGAGGCGGCUGCAGGAGCUGGCUGAACUGGAAGCCAAGAAAGCGAAAAUGAAGGGAACCUUGAUUGACAACCAGUUCAAAUAAUCAGGACCUUUCUGUGAACCCAGACUGGAGGCAAGCAUUUAGAUGAGGAGGAAAAAGAGUGUUUUCUUGACUACAUGGACUGGUUCCUACUUUUAUGCCCCAGCAGAAGGCUUUACGUGUCCUCCAGUGAUUCUCCUACAUUCAGUGAGGUCUUUUUUUUUUUUUUUUCCCCGUUACGCGGGCCUCUCAUUGUUGUGGCCUUUCCCAUUGCAGAGCACAGGCUCCGGACGCGCAGGCUCAGCGGCCAUGGCUCACGGGCCCAGCCGCUCCGUGGCAUGUGGGAUCCUCCCAGACCGGGGCACGAACCCGUGUCCCCUGCAUCGGCAGGCGGACUCCCAACCACUGCGCCACCAGGGAAGCCCUCAGUGAGGUCUUUGAGUUCAUCUGACCUGCUUUCUAGAGAUGGAUUUUUCUCAAUCUUUCUGUGUAUAGGUCUUCUGUACUAUUUUUUGUCCAUUUGAUAUAAACUUCUUCAUCUGUGUAGAAGCUCUGUGAAUAGAUCAGUGCUUCAGUGUGUCUAGUUUCUAAAGGAGCUAUUCUUAUUCCUUCUUCAAAGUUAAUAAAAUGUUUAAAGAUUUUUGAAAAAAAAAUAAAAGUAACAUGAAUUACAUUUAAAGUUACAGCAAGCCAGAUCCUUUUAAGUGGCUCUGUCUCUGUUCUUAGACUGGCAGGUACUGGCUAGGGUUUGAAUCUCUCUACUGUCAGGGAAAAUCCAUAACAAGCCAGAAUCUGCAUAAAGUUUCCUUUACCUCAAAUGUUACAACUCUAGGCACGCCAACCCUUAUCAGAUGUUGUACAUGCAGAAGGAAAAGCCAGAUUCAAGUGAGGGGGUAGGAUAGCUCUGAUCUGAAUGAAAAUGGGGUCUUGGGAAGCAACCCAAGGGAGCUACCAUCCUGUCAAGCAGCUAAGAGCGUGCUUCCAUGUGUGGGCAUGUGGGAGGGAGACAUGGUAGAGUAAGAAAUGACACCGACUCUAGGUCCAAGCACCUCACUACACAUAACUCAAUUUCGUUUCUUUUUAUGGCUGAGUAAUAUUCCAUUGUAUAUAUGUGCCACAUCUUCUUUAUCCAUUCAUCCGAUGAUGGACACGUAGGUUGCUUCCAUGUCCUGGCUAUUGUAAAUAGAGCUGCCAUGAACAUUGUGGUACAUGACUCUUUCUGAAUUAUGGUUUUCUCAGGGUAUAUGCCCAGUAGUGGGAUUGCUGGGUCGUAUGGUAGUUCUAUUUGUAGUUUUUUAAGGAACCUCUAUACUGCUCUCCAUAGUGGCUGUAUCAAUUUACAUUCCCACCAACAGUGCAGGAGGGUUCCCUUUUCUCCACACCCUCUCCAGCAUUUAUUGUUUCUAGAUUUUUUGAUGAUGGCCAUUCUGACCGGGGUGAGAUGAUAUCUCAUUGUAGUUUUGAUUUCCAUUUCUCUAAUGAUUAAUGUUGUUGAGCAUUCUUUCAUGUGUUUGUUGGCAAUCUGUAUACCUACAGUCUGUCAUACAGAGUGAAGUAAGUCAGAAAGAGAAAAACAAAUACCGUAUGCUAACAUAUAUAUAU